UAUCUAGCCAAACAAGAAUAGUGAUUAAGAAACUAAUCUAGCUAAACUAGCCUAACUACUACCCUAGCUAAUUACAAGUUUGUGGAGCUCUCUUACCUUAAAACCCCCCAGUUUCAACAUUCGGACCGAUGUUGCGUACUAUCCUGUCUAGCUCGAUCAACUCAAUUUCUCUAUUAAUAGAAGAUAGACUCCCUCGGGUAUUCACCUGAAACGGCGUAGCGAUGAAUUGGUAGUGUUCCACUUUUGCACUACUUUCCUCUACAGUCGGGGAGCGGGCCAUUGCUUCAACCCUACAAAGUUCCGAUGCUUAAUCAUAAAUUUUUUUCAGUAAAAAAAUAUCUUCUCCCGGGUCAUAAAUUUCUUUACCAACACACUUUACUUUUUAGUUUGAUAUGUUUGGAUUCUAUAUUUAUUCGUAACUGGUUAUUCCGUUCGAGAAUAUCAUUCGCUAAAAGAAUGAGAAUGCAUUUACCUUUUAUUUAUGACUAGCUUUGACCCGGUCCGUUGGCCGGAUUAAUUUAAUUUACUAAUUAUGUAAUGGGGGGGGGGGGGAGAGUUAGAGCGAGCAAGAAAAACAUUUAUUUGGGUCGAACCCACAAUUUGAACCUAUUUGAGUCCAUAUAAUUAUCCCUAUAAAGAAAUAUCGACCAUCUAGAUAUUCGCAUUAAACCAAUUCACACCUUCAUUAUCGGUAUUUCCACAUUUAUUUAUAAUUUUACAUUACCGAAUUAGAUUUUUAAAUAUAUUGUGGUUGGUAUAAUUUCCAUGAUAUAAAAAUAAUUUUAUGUUUUUACCAAUGAGUAAUAAUUAAAUAUAGGGUAGUUAUCAUAAAUGGUCACAAACCUAUUUACUUUGUACAAAACGGUCACAAUCCUUUAAUUUUGCACGUUUCGGUAAUAAAGGUUUGAGUGAAUAACAAAAUAGUAAAUCCGUCCAAUUCCAUUCCAAAUUCCGUUAUAGAUUGCCCCGUCAGCAUGACACGUCAGUGCAAAUAUUAAUUAAAAAAUGGUUAAUCAACCCACUUAACCCGGCAAUCCAACCGGCCGGAACAAACCCUUUACCCAUCAACCCACUCAACUGCGGGCCUAUUCGGCCAUGGAAGAUCGCGAUUCAUCUUCUCUGCGAUUCUCCGCAACACCGCCGACCGGAAAUUCUUAGCUCUCCCCCUCCGCUCUCUCCUCCUAAGAAUGCGUGUCGUGCUCCAAUGGGAGAAGUCGAAGUCGGAGUUUCAGCUCAGCUACGCAAAGUGAUGGCGGCAGAAUGAAGUCUCCGGCAACUGAGACUCACCUGUCGGACAACACCGCAACCAUAGACGGUUCCCUCUACCGCGCUUCCUCGAUUUCUUCCACCACCGCCGCCGUAGAAGAAUGCGCUUGGGCCCUGCGGUUAGCGGAUGAAAAGGUUGCGGAGGAGACCAAGGAACUUGCGGAGAAUCGCAGAGAAGUUGGCCGAGUCGGUGGAAGCGGAGAAGGCCGCGGUGAAGUCGGAGAAGGCGUCGGUGGAGUCGAAAUUGAGGGAGCUAGGAGAAAGAGAAGAGGACUUCGAGUCGCUGGGGAGUUACAUUGAGGAAAGAGCGAUUGGAGUUCGGAAGGUUGAAGAAGAAUUGGCAGGGAAGAGGAAAGAACUCGAGGUUCAAGAGAAGGAGAUUGAACGGAAGAGGGAAGAGCUCGAGGAACGCUUGUACCGGUUCCAGAAUCGGGCGAAGGGAUUGGAGGUGGGCCGAAUAGUCCCAGGUGGGGGCGAUUCAUCUUCCGUCGCCGAAUAGUCCCGCAGUUGAACAUAAAACACCAUAUCUCCCGCAGUUCAGCCGGCGAACGAAUCAGUUGGAGGAGUGUCGGCGAGGAGGAGGAUGGUGGACCAAUCGGUUGGAGGAGGUCUGGUCGCCGACGGCAGAAGAAUCGCCAGUCUCCUCUCCUCACGAUUUCGUUCUGGCCGUUGGGGGUAAUAGUCCAAUUGGGGACCGGAUGGGUGAAGGAUUUGUUCCGACCGGUUGGAUUGCCGGGUUAAGUGGGUUGAUUAACCAUUUUCUAAUUAAUAUUUGCACUGACGUGUCAUGCUGACGAGGCAAUCUAGAACGGAAUUUGGAACGGAAUUGGACGGAUUUACUAUUUUGUUAUUCACUCAAACUUUUAUUAUCGAAACGUACAAAAUUAAAGAAUUAUGACCGUUUUGUACAAAGUGAAUAGGUUUGUAACCAUUUAUGAUAACUACCCAAUGUUCAUUUCAUUUGUUUGCCUAGUUGAUCCAGUUGGUGUUUUCUCUCUCUAUCUCCGCAGUUCCCGGUUUCCAUUCUUUCUGUCCCUCUGUUUAGUGUUUACGAAGGGGGCGCGAGGAGAGAGAGAGAGAUGCCGAAAAGCUGAACGCAGCGAGCCAACCGAGAAACAGAAAUACCCGUUGUAAAUACCGAAGCCAUAACGCCAUUAACACAAUAGAAACAAUGGCCGCCUGCUGAAACUCCGUCGACCAACUCCGUCUCCGACCCGAUUACGCUCCGCCUCCUUCCCCCAAAACAUCGAAGAUUCGCGCUCCCCGCACAUUUUGCACCCCUCACCUAUCGGGAUUUCACCGCCACCUCUCUCUGUAAAUCCUCUCUCUCUCUCUCCCUCUGUUCUGUUGUCUUCGGCUCUUGUUGGAUUGCUUUCUUCUGAUCCUUCCCUCUCUGUGAUAGUUUCUUUUCUUCUUUUUUUCUGCGAAUCCAGUGAGAUCAAGGAAAUUGCGUUCCUCGAGAGAUCAUGAGGAAUAGUAUGAAUUUCUGAAUCAUCUGUUUGGUUCCUUCGAAGAAGGAGAGGGAAAGAGUAAACAAGAUAAUCGCCAAUACGCAUUUGACGUUUUCCAUUCAUCGACCUUUUUCCUUGUAGUGAAAGGAAGAUAAACGAGGCACUCUUAGCGCUUGAUCUGUGCUUAGUGGGGUUGAUUGUUUUGCCAGAAAGUUUCAUAAUUUAGUGUGUGUGGCGUUUGAAAGUUGACAAUGUGUUUGCCCCUUUUUUUUUCUAGGGUUUUAUGUGCAUGCUUGUUUCUUCGAUGAUCAUAUGAUAUGAUGUUUUUUGAAGUGUAUGUGGUUUAGAGACCAAAAAAAUCCCAUACUAAGACCAGAAAAUCUUCAUUUGCGUUUCCCAUUGUUGGUCGAAGUCUUGUGGAUCCGUCAUAUUGGUCAAUAGCCGAUAUCAAGUCGCGAUUUUUCGGUUUUUCAUUUAAGCAUUUUUCCUGCUGUAUUUGAUCCUAUUGUAGAACUUCUAGUGAUGUUUGAUUUGUUUCGCUUGUGCAGGUUCUCGGGUUAUUCUGGUAUUUGGGUCUCUUGAUUGCUCAUCAGACCCCGAAAUCCUUAAAAGGCCCCUCAGAUGGUUGAAACACAUUUGCUUGUACUGUGAGGUAAAUUGUGUUCUCUAGAGAGCCGUUUUGCCUCACAAUAUUGUGAUACUGUAACCUUCUGCUUAUUCAUUUCGAGAUGGAUUCAGAUUCUUUUGCACCUUGCCUAGAAUCAAGAUGUAAUUUCGGC